AUGGCGGACCGCAACCUCCAACAGGUCCUCACCCAGCUCAAGACCAAGGGCUCCUCCCUCCCCUACACCGAAUCCUCCGCUCUCCUCUCCAAAGCAAAACUCCACCUCCUCCAGCUCAACGCCCUCACCCCCUCGAACCCCAAAACCUCCCCCCAGCUCCUCGCCCUCGCCCGCGAGACCUACGAGCUGGGCGCCCUCGCCUCCAUCCGCGCAAAGAACCCAGACGCCUUCACCCGCUACGUCCAGCAGCUCCAGCCCUUUUACGAGCUCCCCUCCAACGUCCUCCCGCCCAACGUCCCCGAGCGCAACAAGGUCACCGGUCUCUACUUGCUCCUGCUGCUCACCCAGGGCCGCUACGCCGAAUUCCACUCGGAGCUUGAGAGCCUGGCCAACCGCGAGGGCGGCGGCGAUAGCAGCGCUGUCGAGGGAGACAAGUACCUGGGCUACCCCAUCCGUCUCGAGAGGUGGUUGAUGGAGGGCAGCUACGACCGCGUGUGGAACGCCCUCAAGAGUCGUGAGAUCCUCACCUUCCAAAUCCGCUCCGAAAUCGCCUCAAGCAGCGAGCGCGCAUACCCCAGCCUGCCCAUCAGCUCCGCAAAAUCCCUCCUCUUCCUCGACUCCGAGGGCGACGUCAUCUCUUUCGCCCAGGCGCGCGGCUGGAUCCUAAAGGAGGGCCACAUCUUCUUCCCCGACACCGCCGAGGGCGUCGCCGCCGAGGACGGCACCACCGAGAAGGAGAUGAGCCAGAUGGUGAUAGAGAACGCGUUGGGAUACGCCAGGGAACUGGAGACCAUUGUGUAG